AGUAAUUGUUCCUGGGAAAACCUAACCUAAGCCUUUGGUGGGUAAUUUGGGGGAAAACGAAAACGAUCACGAUCACACGCUACUACUACUACUAUUCGCUGGAUUUAGGGUCUGAACUUUCAUUUGUUUCCAAAAUUCCACCGAGAAAUCAGUUACAAAAGUACGAAUUGUUCCUUGAUUUCACCUAUUUCAACACGAUUUCUCUUCUGAUCAUCGUUUUUCAACAUAUUUUCGAUACAUUACUAAUUCGGUUCUGCAAUGAACCCACAACAAGUUGCACAGUCCAGAUCAUCCGCAAAUGGAUUCGCUCGUAGAAGAGGUGAAAAAGAAACAGGCACUCGAGUGGAAAAUAAAUUCCAUUCUGGAAAAUCAAAUAUAAGCAGAACGAUAACGGCAGAAACUGAAAACAAAGGGGGAAUUGAAAGCCUGUCUCGUCAUCGACUAGUUUAUACAACAACAUGCCUCAUAGGGCACCAGGUGGAGGUCCAGGUCAUCGAUGGUUCUGUGUUUACUGGAAUAUUUCAUGCCACAAAUGCUGAGAAAGAUUUUGGAAUAAUCUUGAAAAUGGCUCGUGUAACAAAGGCUGGUUCAUCUCAUGGACAGAAAAACAGUUUAGAUGCUGUUCAAAAGCCCCCUUCUAAGAUGUUAAUAAUACCUGCUAAAGAACUUGUGCAGAUUGUAGCAAAGAGUGUAUUGAUGACUAGGGAUGAGUUAAUGAAUGAACUUGAGCAUGAUCAACUGCAUGACAUUAUGAUAGACUCUAAUAUUUCUCACUCCCGGCAUGUUGACUUGGAACGAGAGUUGGAACCGUGGGUCCCAGAUGAUGAUCAUCCAGAGUGCCCUGAACUAGACAAUACAUUUGACCAUCACUGGCACAGGGGUUGGGAUCAAUUUGAAGCAAAUGCAACAUUAUUUGGAGUAAAAAGUACCUUUAACGAGGAGCUCUACACAACAAAGCUUGAUAGAGGCCCUCAAAUGAGAGAGUUAGAAAAGGAAGCGUUAAGAUUAGCUAGAGAAAUCGAGGGUGAGGACACCCAAGAUCUUCAUUUAGCAGAAGAAAGAGGCAUCCACUUUCAUGACAAGUUUGAUCUCGAUGAAGAAACUAAAUAUUCAUCUGUUACUCGCGUGGUUGAUGAUAGUGGUUAUGACGAAAAUGAAGACGUUUUGGAUUCACGAAAUGAUGAAACCUUUGGAGAUGUUUCGGAUUCCAUUUUGAGUACUAGCAAUGACUUCCAUCCAUCUGAUGCUCUAGAUGGCCAAAGCAUUGUUGAAAACAAUCAGACGAAUCAACAGCGUGUUGGAAGUAAUCACACUAAAGAUGAUACAGAAAAGCACAUGUUGUAUGAGCAAAGCCAGGCUUCAAAAUCCGAGGAUGUUUCUGCAGAUCCAAAUAAAGAAAGUACUGAUAAAGGACUUUCAGCAACUGCUACUGCGCAUGCACCAUCCCAUGUCUCAUCUAACGUUCAAGAAAAGGCGAAUUCUAGUGAAGUAUCAUCCACAUCAGAAUCUGGAAAUGCUGCCCCUGCUUCAAGUGGGCCCGGAUUAUCACCUAGUUCAUCAGUGGGCUCUUUGACUUCAGAAAAGUCAACUUUGAAUCCUCAUGCAAAGGAAUUCAGAUUUAACCCAAACGCCAAGAGUUUUGUUCCGUUAUCGGCACCAUUAAGGGCUGCAUCUCCUGUAUCCGAUGCCUCCUUUUACUACCCGACUAAUGUGGGCCCGGUCCCACAUAUGCAUGGCAUGCCUGUUGGAGUGAAUGGGACCCGCAUUUCCGCCACACCAGCCUGUUAUUUUUGGUCCGCAAGGAACACCUUUGCAACCCCCACCGACAUAUUAUCACUCGAAUGGUCCACAGUAUGGGCAACAGAUGCUUUUUGGUCAACCCGGGCAGGUGGUAUACAUGCCAACUUAUCCUCCGGAAAUGCCGUAUAAAGGACGGGACUUUUAGGUUGGGUUGGUCAAACCAUGGUUGACAAUCGUCAGAUUUUGUUAUUCUGGUGAAUAGUAGCACAAGUGUUUGAUGAUGAUAGGAAUCCAGCAGAACAAUGAACCGCUCUUGGAACAUGAUUUGCACAGCAUAAUCUUAACAUUUGUUCUUUUUUGGGGGGGUGAUGUUUUCUAUUUAGAUUUUGUUAUUUGAACCACAUAAAUGUCAAAAGAAAGUACCUUUUACUCCUUUUGUUUGCCAAUAUCUAGGAUCGUUUUUUUUUACUUCUUUUGUAAAUUGGAUUUUGAUUUGUAGGAUAUUUGAAGCAGUUAGUUUAUAGAUUAAUGUUUAAGACAUUCAAUUCUGAAUAGAGCGCUAUAAGAACCGUA